AUGUCGACACUUCGAAAAGUGAAGACCGAGUACGACUUGAGUACUAUUGGGAGUCAGUUUGAGAGUCAUCAGGGAGGAGGUGACUUGAGCUUGCUGGGAAAACUGACCCAUGAGUGUGAUGAGGGGACGUUGAAGCCCGGGCAACACGGCGAUGCAGCAAGCUCGUUUAGCGAAUCAGUUAACGUGAGCAGUCUGGUCCAGGGGUACGAGGCCCUGGCCAGCCGGUCUAACGGAGACAGCGGUGUGGCACCCUCACAUGCACUGCCGGGUGACGACAGAGUUCUGAUCAGCCUCCGAGCUUCUGUUCGAAAGAUCAAGGCAGAGUUGGAACAGCUGACAGAACAGACCGAGUCCGUCCCCUCAGCUAGCGGUGUGGUUACCGGUACACCCCCGCCUAAACCACCCAGACUUCACCAUGGAGACGGUGUGGUUACAGGUACAUCACCGCCUAAACCACCCAGGCUUCACCAUGGAGACGACACAGACAAGACCACCGACAACACUCCUGUCCCUCCGACAAAGCCUGCCAGGUGUAAGGACUUUGUGCUGUACCGAAACAGGCUGGGACAGUUCGAGUUCCUGCUCCUCGCUACUGAGGUCCCGGAGAAGCCGUUUGGUGCUACAGAGGAGACCUUGCGCAAAAUCCACGUGGUGUGCCAAGCAGCAGGCAGCAUCGGACCCCUUCCAGUCGGCCGACUGGUUGCCAUGAACUUCCUCCCUGUACACGGGAAGACGACGCCAGAAUUGUACGAUAUCUUGAACAGAUCAGCGGAGUCUGUUCGGCUGAAGAUCCAGCCACUGGACUUCCCACUCGCCACGCUGCAGGGCCUGAUCAGCGAACAGGAGAUUCCCAGUGAGGAGGAGACACAGGAGAACGGCGCCAGUCAGCCACAGACUCACCCUGUCAAGAAGCUGGCGAAACGUCGGCUGUGGGGAUCCUUCCUGUCACGCUGCCGCAAGGCUCUCUGUUCGUGUUGGCGCUGAACUUCUAACACAGACAGUUUCUAUUUUGAUA